AUAUUUAAGCAAUUUGAUCCUUCUCCUUCUGCCAAAUUCCGACGUAUUGCUGAGCAAAUGGACGAGGUCUCACGAUCGGUUCCUUCUGCUGAACAACUCUCCGCAGGACACUUUCAAGUACCCUUUGUGAAGAAAAUCAACUGGGCUUCUCUAAGGGAAAUGUGCAAGCAAUGGAUAAGAAAUCCAAUGAACAUGGCUCUAUUUGUGUGGAUUCUUUGUGUAACAAUCUCUGGUGCUAUUCUGUUCCUUGUCAUGACCGGGAUGUUAAAUGGUGUGAUACCGAAAUCACAAAGGGACACUUGGUUUGAAGUUAACAACCAAAUCCUAAAUGCCCUUUUCACUCUCAUGUGCCUUUAUCAACAUCCAAAGAGAAUCUACUAUCUUGUUCUUUUAUGCCGUUGGAGAACAAAUGAUGUCUUAAGGCUUAGAAAAGUAUUUUGCAAAAAUGGCACAUAUAAACCCAAUGAAUGGGUUCACAUGAUGGUUGUAGUUCUCCUUCUCAAUCUAAAUUGCCUUGCACAAUAUGCACUAUGUGGUCUAAAUUUGGGAUAUUCGAGGUCCAGAAGGCCUGCUAUUGGAGUUGGUCUUUGUAUCUCUGUUGCAAUUGGUGCACCGGCUAUUGCUAGCGUGUACAAUAUCCUAAGCCCCCUUGGAAAAGAAUACGAAAACGAAAUAGAUCAAGAGGCACAGGUUCAAGUUACACCAACGAAACUCCGACUGAAAUCACUUGAAAAGAAGUAUUCUUUCAUUGUAAGAGAUGAUCAAAGGGUUGAAGAGACUAGACCACAAUGGAUUGGGGGAUUAUUUGAUUUAUGGGAUGAUAUUUCUACAGCCUAUCUUUCUUUCUUUUGCAGUUGCUGUGUAUUUGGAUGGAACAUGCACAGACUAGGGUUUGGUAAUAUGUAUGUGCACAUUGUGACAUUUAUCCUAUUUUGUUCGGCCCCUUUCUUUAUUUUCAACUUGGCAGCAGUUAAUAUUGACAACGAGGGCGUUAGAGAGGCAUUAGGGAUCGCAGGUAUUUUCCUUUGUGUUUUUGGUUUGUUGUAUGGUGGGUUUUGGAGGAUUCAGAUGAGAAAGAGGUUUAAUUUACCGGGAAAUACCUUUUGUUGUGGAAACCCCUCGGUUACUGAUUGCUUUCAGUGGUUAUGUUGUUGCUCUUGUUCUCUUGCUCAAGAGGUGAGAACUGGGGACUAUUAUGAAAUUGUGGAGGAUAAGUUGUAUGCGAAAGGUAUGGGUGAUGAUAAUCAACUUGUACUGUCCCCUUUGCCUCAUGAGGAUGGCUUGGCUUUGUUUACCUCGAGCCCCAGUUCUCCUUAUAUUGUCAAAUCUAGUUCGUCGACUCCUAAAAGAUCUCCAGGUGGGCAUUCUCCACAAGCGAAUUUGCCUACUGUUAAGGAGGAGUCAUCGGUGAAAAGUGAAGGCAGCACAAUGAAACCUCCUGUUCCUGUUAUAAUACAAAGAGAAGAUUAGUUCGGGUGUAAUAUAGCCAAACUUGCUACUUUUCCUUUUAUCUUUAUGUGGAUUUUGUAGUUAUGUUUGUUACAGUGAGUAUAAUUUUUUUUAAAUGGCUGAAUGUAGUUGUGAUGAGAAUGUUAUUUGUAAUCUUCAUUACAUCAUUGCAUAUGAUUUGAGCCUUACCUUCAUUGUGAUGCUGGGAUAUUUUUAGUUGGACUUUUAUCUCAAGUCUUGAUAAGAAUAUUAUCUGUAAUCUUCA